AUUUAUGUACUAAAAUUGAAGAAAAGAAGAAGAAGCACAGACAGCAAAAAGAAUCGCCGUGUUCUCCACCAUUUUCCGCCAUUUUGAAAGCUACGAGUGUAAAAUUUAGUGAUUCGUCAGGAAACGCGUUGCUUAUAAAGAUUUCUAAAAUUGCUGAAAAAACCUACAUAAAAUAAAUAAUUUAAGUGUAAAUUGUUAGUGGAUCAACCACAAAAGUGUUUGUGAAUAAAAAGUAGUUGUUUAAAACGUUGUGUUUGCUCGAUUUGUUCGAGGAAAAUUUUAUGUUCUGUACAAGCGAAAAGGGCUAACCAACGCAGAAAAAAGCAAGCCUACUACAAGUGAGCGAGUAGCACCACAAAAUCCACGGUCUGCCGCCGCGGCUAUAAACUUAAAAAGGCAAUACUUUGAAAAAUAUGGUUUAUAACUAGUUAUAAAAUUAAAGUUUGUUGACGUGCCUAACGCAGGAAAUAAAAUUGAAAGUUGUCGCGCAGUCAUAGUUCGUUUCGUUCCCAGACCUUGUCAACGUCGCAGAACACAUUUAAGUCGGUCAAUACAUACAUAGUGACCAUUCAACAAAUCGUUCGUGAAUUUUGUCCCUUUAAAAUAGUGAAAACUAUGACUGAUAAAAUGGAUAAUUCAACAUGAAGGAAAUGAAGUUAUUACGUAUGAAGGUCACACAUUUUUAUUAAAUUGUAAUCGUUGUGCCAGUUGAAAUAUCUGAGAAAUAAUAUUAAAAACAAAAUAUCUGCGUCGUAUAAAUUUACGUUUUACGUAGCUGAGCUGAAGUGAAAAAAGGAAGUGCAAGAUAUUAACGAUUGCGCAUAGUUGGGAAAAACCGAAAAAUUGCAAUUCAUCACAUUUCUUUUUUAAGGUCAAAGUUUUAUAUUAUUUAUAGCGUUUCUUGUUUUGUUCAUAUAUAUGCAGGAGGAGUGUAUUGUAACACACAAAUAUAUUAACAUAGACUUGCAAAACGAAAACAUACUUUUCAAUAAAAUACAAAUACGAUAGUAACACACACAAUGGAUAAAAAUAUGAUGUUGCCGAAGCGUUCACGCUUGGACGUGAAGGGCACAUUCGCCAAUGGUCCGUUGCAGGCACGCCCAUUGGUGGCGUUGCUUGAUGGUCGCGACUGUUCGAUUGAAAUGCCUAUAUUGAAAGAUGUGGCCACAGUGGCCUUCUGCGACGCACAAAGUACAUCCGAGAUUCAUGAAAAGGUUCUAAAUGAAGCUGUCGGCGCACUAAUGUGGCAUACUAUAAUCCUAACAAAAGAGGAUUUGGAAAAAUUCAAAGCUUUACGUAUUAUAGUGCGGAUUGGUAGCGGUACGGACAAUAUCGAUGUAAAAGCAGCGGGUGAACUUGGUAUUGCCGUUUGUAAUGUGCCGGGUUAUGGUGUUGAAGAAGUAGCAGAUACAACAAUGUGUUUGAUAUUAAAUUUGUAUCGAAGGACCUAUUGGCUGGCGAACAUGGUGCGCGAAGGCAAAAAAUUUACCGGUCCUGAACAAGUGCGGGAAGCAGCGCAUGGUUGCGCCAGGAUUCGGGGAGACACCUUAGGACUUGUAGGACUUGGUCGCAUUGGCAGCGCUGUCGCAUUGCGAGCAAAAGCAUUUGGCUUUAAUGUUAUAUUUUACGAUCCUUAUCUUCCGGAUGGUAUCGACAAAUCGCUUGGCCUAACUCGUGUCUACACCCUACAAGAUUUGCUAUUUCAAUCGGAUUGUGUGUCGUUGCAUUGUACACUCAACGAGCAUAACCACCACUUAAUUAACGAAUUCACAAUUAAACAGAUGCGACCUGGUGCAUUUUUGGUAAACACAGCACGAGGCGGACUGGUCGAUGACGAGACCUUGGCUCUGGCUCUGAAACAAGGUAGAAUAAGAGCUGCAGCUUUAGAUGUGCACGAAAACGAGCCCUACAAUGUAUUCCAAGGAGCCCUUAAAGAUGCUCCAAAUCUUAUAUGUACACCACAUGCAGCCUUCUUCAGCGAUGCAUCCGCAACCGAGUUGCGAGAAAUGGCAGCAACGGAGAUACGACGGGCAAUAGUCGGCAAUAUUCCAGACGUCUUAAGGAAUUGUGUUAAUAAGGAAUAUUUCUUGCGAACACCAGCUGUGGCUGCUGCUGCUGCAGCUGCGGCAGUGUAUUCAGAAGGAUUAAAUGGUGGAUAUUACGCAACUGGCGGACUGCAACAGGCCCACAGUACUACACUUGAUGUACCGCACACUGCAGCUGGCAGUGCACUUAUCGUACCACCGCCGCCGUCGGUAGUGAAUCCGUCACCAGUUCCUACGGUGCCGUCGGUGCAUAUAGCACCGCAAGUUGGAUUACAGCAUGGACUUGUGAGUAGUAAAUCGCCCCUGAAUGCACCAGACCCUAAUAACCAUCUUUCGUCUGCUUCUAACAAACCAGAGCCAUCAGAGGUCCAAUAGUUCAAAAGCGCCAACCAUUGUCAGCGAACUCAGCAAGCUAAUAUAAAUAAAUAAAUCAACAACAGCAACAAUAAACCACAAUCGUUUAAACGAAACAGCAAAUUGACCUGAAAAUAAUUGAAACGCAAAUUCAUCAAACCAGCAACACGAAUUAAUUAAUUUCCGCAACUAAUUUUAAAACGGCAAUAUUUUAGUGACAACGGCCAGCAGAAAAAAAUAAAUAAAUAAAGAAUGCAAAUUCUAGACGUGAUGUAAAAUUUUAAACCAAGAAGAAGAUAUUUUAAGAUUAAUUAUGGCAUAAUUACACAUAGAAAACGUUUAUAUGUAAUAAUGAACUGGCCGUUGUUCCGCCGUUAAUACGCAACGUGAACGUAAUGACCCAAACUUAGCACGUAGUAUGCACAUAUAGGCAGCAGAUUAAAAUAAUCACAUAAUUUAAAAAUGAAAAGAUGCGGAAAAUCAGCAAAAAUGAAAGAAUGCAAAAAAACGAAGACAAUUUUAACUUGAUCCGUCACAAUAUUUCGUUAAAAUUUUAAAGCUUAAAAAGAGUAUUCGCUUAUGUAAGUGACAAACAAAAUAUAUAUGUACUAGUAUAUUUCUUUGUAGGGAUAUACUAAACACACUUUAAACACGCUUAUUCGCUCUACAAUACUUAAACAUGUUCUAACAAAUACAAAUUAAUUGAAUAAUUCAGAGUGAAGUACAAUUAAAUAUAAACAAACAAAAAACACAAAAAAAAAAACAAAUAUAUAAGUAACAAGCUCAUUAUAAAUGUUUAGUUAAUCAAAAAAGUUGUCUUACAUAAUACUCCUCUAGAUUUGCAAUUAAUUUAAGUUACUUAUGAAAUUCAAUUGAAUAGUUUUACCCACAAUCAUUUAAAAAAGUAAUUAUACAAUGAGAGAAGAU